AUGUCCCCAACCAAUCGCGCCGCAUGGCAGACUGCCGAAAAGGCCAAACCUCUCGAGGUCAAGCCCGCCCCCUACACCUCUCCCAAGAAGAAUGAGAUCGUUGUCAAAAAUAGCGCCAUCGGCCUGAAUCCGGUCGACUAUGCCCGCCAGGAUAUGGGCUCCGCGCUGUUCUCCUGGACCACCUACCCCACCAUCAUGGGCACCGACGUGGCCGGCGAGGUCGUCGAGGUGGGCUCCGGCGGCGCAGCGGGUCGCUUCAAGCCCGGCGACCGCGUGCUGGGGCUGGGCAGCGAGCUCAAGGACAACAACCCCGCCGAGGGAGCAUUCCAGCUGUACACGGUCGUGCCGGCGCACCUGGCGUCCCCGAUCCCGGCGGACCUGUCGUACGAAAGCGCCGCCGUCAUCCCGCUAGGCAUCUCGACGGCGAGUUGUAUGUUGUUCGAGAAGGAUCACCUGGCGCUGCGGUUCCCCAACAGUCCGCGGGCUGCGCCCACCGGCCAGCUCGUGCUGAUUUGGAGCGGCUCGUCGAGCGUCGGCAGCAACGCUGUCCAGCUGGCUGCGGCGGCGGGCUACGAGGUCAUCACCACCGCGUCGCCGAAGAACUUUGAGUAUGUCAAGUCUCUCGGUGCCAGUCGGGUCUUUGACCACCGCAGCCCGACUGUCGUCGAGGAUAUCAUCAAGGCUUACGACGGCAAGACCGGAGCCGGUGCGCUGAGCAUCGGCACGGAGGCGUCCGGCCCUUGCGGUGAGAUUAUUUCCAAGGUCAACUCGCGCAAGUUUGUAUCCUUGACCAAUCCUCCAAGUGGUGCACUGCCGAAGGGCAUCGAGUCCAAGUUUGUGUUUGGAGCUGAUGCCAAGGAUAAUGAGGUUGGACCGGCCAUCUUCGAGGGUUUCCUCCCCAAGGCGUUGGCAGCGGGAGAGUUCAAGGCUGCCCCUCCUGCCGAGGUGGUGGGUAAGGGAUUGGAAUCGAUUCAGGAGGGACUCAAUCAGUUGAAGAAGGGUGCGUCAGCCAAGAAGUAUGUCAUCAGUCUGUAG